UGUGCCCCAGCGCGUAACAGAGCGGGGAGCCAGGCUGCCAAGGGCGUGUCACCGCCCGGGGAGCCUGGAGCGCGGCGGCGUGGCAGGAGAAGAAACGACCGGGGGAGGCCCUUGAAAGAUCAGGAGCACAUGGGCCUGCUGGGAUGGCGCUGACAGCAGCCCCCGCGCCGGGCCAAACGGCGUUACCUUCGCCCCAAUGGCCGCCACCAACAUUUGGGCGGCCCUGCCUGCCAAGAAGCGGCCACUGCACCAGCGCGCCCGACGACCAGCAGGUGGGCGGGGCCGCGAGCCGGAAGUGCCCUUUACUACAGACCCUUCCGGAAACCCAGCUGGCCGGAACUGCCUGGAGUUCCUGCCUCCAGGCGGAACCUCGGGUUGCUCGGCAACCGAUGGGGGCGCAACUGUCCCCCUCGCGCUCCGCCCGUUUCUCCGAGAGCGGCGUCCUCUCGGGUCGCAGCAUCCCUGCCCUUGGCACUACUUACAAGUCUCCGACUACGACGACUCCUUAGCCCCAACCUGCUUCAGAGCCCACCUUCACCGGAGGGGAAGCAGUUCGACGCUCAACCAGGCUUCGGCGAUGACAGACCCUAACCCUCGGACAGCCGAGGCCUCAGGCCUCUACACCUAUUCCAGCAGGCCCCGGGCCGUGGCUUGCCAGCGCCGCCGCCACCGAGACAGCAUUUUGCAGCCAGUUGAAGAACCUAUGAGUUACGGGAACAUCAUGUAUGACAGAAGGGUGAUCCGAGGCAACACCUAUGCACUGCCCACAGGACAGGUGCCUGGACAGCCUGAUCCUCUAGAGCUUCAGCGACAGCAGCAGGCCAGGAGAAGGGCUCUUGCCAGAAAACGAGCCCAGGAGCAGCUCAAACCACGAACGCCUGAGCCCGUGGAGGGCAGAAAGCAUGUGGACAUACAAACAGAAUUAUACCUUGAAGAAAUUGCUGAUCGCAUAGUUGAAGUCGACAUGGAAUGCCAGACAGAUGCGUUUCUGGACAGACCACCCACACCCCUCUUCAUUCCUGCCAAAACUGGCAAAGAUGUGGCCACUCAGAUCCUGGGAGGAGAGCUUUUCGACUUUGACCUUGAAGUCAAGCCCAUGUUAGAGGUUUUGGUGGGGAAGACGAUUGAACAGUCCCUUCUAGAGGUGAUGGAAGAGGAGGAGCUGGCCAACCUGCGGGCCAGGCAGUACGCAUAUGAAGAGAUAAGGAACGUGGAGCUGGCCGAAGUGCAGCGACUGGAAGAGCAAGAGAGAAGGCACCGAGAAGAAAAGGAGCGCCGUAAGAAACAGCAGUGGGAGAUUGUCCAUAAGCGGAAUGAGACGUUACAGAAGAUCUCAGCUCUGAUAUUCGCUCGGCAGUACCUGGCUAACCUCCUCCCGUCUGUCUUUGACAAACUCAGGAAUAGUGGCUUCUUUUAUGAUCCAAUUGAAAGAGAUAUUGAGGUAGGAUUCCUCCCAUGGCUAAUGAAUGAAGUUGAAAAAUCCAUGGAACACAGCAUGGUGGGAAGAACUGUGCUUGACAUGUUAAUCCGCGACGUGGUUGAAAGAAGGAUCAACGAUUACGAGCACAAGGAAGCCAUGCCGCCUGGUCAGAAGACAAAUGUGAUUAAUGGUCCUAACACAGUGACAGAUCCCUCGGUGACCACAUUGCACACGCAGAAGCCAGUUUUAGACAGAGUCUCCUCACAGCCAGCACCAUCCCAAGAAAGGAAGCCUGUGGAAGAGGGGGGACACCUUAUGGCAGAGUGACCAAGAGCCAGAGAGCAGCUCAACAUCUGGUCAGUUAUAAUGCAAGGCAGGCACAUGACCCAUCCAGGCUUUACAAACUGUGAUACUCAGCCACUAAAUCUUUUUGUCUAGUUGGCUGAACAAAUCAAUUAUAAUUAAAAAAUAAAAUAAAAUAAAAAUGACACUUUUUCAUUUAUUUAACAUCGUUCAAGGGCCAUGUUGUCUUACUAAUAA